CCGGCAGUACCUCCUGCUUCCCCCAAUCCCUGAAUUCGAGGGCUGGGCUUCACUGUACAACCUAAGGACAGGAUAUGGCAGACCUUCCUUGGCGACGACGAGGAGGCCAUGGAAGAGACAUCAUUCACAGUGGUCUCGAUCUCACAGUGGGGAAAUUGGCUGGGAGCAAUCAUGUUCUCUUCCAGCACCGGACAGUGGCGAGCUAGUCCAUGGAUUGAAGGAUUUGCCUUCUUCAACCAGUGCCGGUACGCGUAUGGCUGCUUCUACGGGUUGACAGAGUGCAGGCAAAAGUUGCUGGUGCUUGACACACGGGAAAUGGAGUUCUCUCUUGCUGACCUCCCACCUGAAGCGAGGGGUUCUUCGGAACGUGAUGUGGAUAUUGCCUUUGUGGAAGCAGGGGAAGGCAUCACUGGGAUGUUUGUGCAUCCAGGUAACACAUAUAGCAUCAGUUAUCUAACUAAGCGAAACAAUGGUGGGAGUUCCAGCCACUGGAAGUUGGAGAAGACAAUCCCACUGGAUUUUACUGGGUCCAGGUUCAUGGGUUCAAGCGGAAUGCACUUGCUUCUGCGUUGUUGGCGAGAAUUCCCAUCGCCCGAUCUAGGCACUUUCACGCUUGACAUCAAAACAUUCCAGUUUGAGAGGGUCGCAUCACAGUAUGGGGCAUAUAUAUAUAGCAACUUCCCACCAUCAUUGCUGUCGUCGCCUACAAUAUCAAGUGGUGCUGAGAACGAGGCUGAGGAGAUGCUGGAACAAGGCGGCGCUGCAAGUUCAAGCGCAUAGGGCUGGGUCAGAAAGCGGUUCACGCGAAUGCUGGAGGUCGGGCUGAAGCGUUGAUGAUUCAAGAUGGUGCUGAGGUUGCGGCAAGGACUCGUCAAUUGACCAAGUUGGUCCACCUUUGACUCUCUGUUUUGUCUGUAAUGUUGUCAUCCGGAAGAACACAGAACCUGGUCUGUAAUCGUUGGCCUUGAUCAGACAAUGAUUGUUGUGUCAGUUUGUCGCACAUAGUUCCUGC